CCCUCAGUUGAGCUUUAGGAAGAAUGGCGUCCAUCGGCCGGUUUCAUCUUUUCCAACCAUCUCCGCUUCUCAAACCAUCAGCAAUACUGUACAAUUAUCCUCUCGCCUCACCUUUCUUCACCACCCGCGCCAAUGACAACAGCAAUCUCCGCCACAACAUCGGCGGCGGCGGCGGCGGCGGCCGCCGUAAGCUCUCCACCACUCCACCACUACGUUCCAAUUCAGAGGGCGGCAUUUCAAGUACUCAAUCGAGCAUGUCAAUAGUUGGCGAUCUUCUGGACUACCUCAAUGAGUCCUGGACUCAGUUCCAUGCUACUGCUGAAGCAAAACGGCAACUAGUGGCUGCUGGAUUUCAUUUGCUGAAUGAGAAUGAAGAAUGGAAACUGAAGCCUGGUGGUCGCUAUUUUUUCACGCGGAACAUGUCUUCUUUAGUUGCCUUUGCCAUUGGAGAAAAGUAUUCAAUUGGCAACGGUUUUCAUGUGAUUGCUGCACAUACAGAUAGCCCAUGUCUUAAACUGAAGCCAAAGUCCGCAUCAUCCAAAUCCGGCUAUCUUAUGGUCAAUGUACAGACUUAUGGUGGUGGUUUAUGGCACACAUGGUUUGACAGAGACUUAAGUCUGGCUGGAAGGGUUAUUGUUAGAGCUGAUGAUGGUUCCUUUUCACAUAAGCUAGUCAAGAUAAAGAGACCCUUAUUGCGAGUUCCUACACUUGCUAUUCAUCUCGACAGGACGGUAAAUACAGAUGGAUUUAAGCCUAACCUUGAGACUCAGCUUAUCCCUCUGUUGGCAAUCCAAGCUGACAAAACAGCUCCUGAGCUUGAUGAUAAAAUUAGUUCAUCACAUUUAAAAGAUGCUCAUCACCAACUGCUCAUGAAGAUCUUGUCGGAUGAGCUAUGUUGUAAAGUUCAAGAUAUUGUCAGCAUCGAAUUGAACGUCUGUGAUACUCAACCCAGCUGUCUUGGAGGUGCUAAUGAUGAGUUCAUAUUUUCUGGAAGAUUGGAUAAUCUGGCUUCAAGUUUUUGUGCACUAAGAGGCCUUAUCGAUUCCUGUGCCUCACCUGAAGAUUUAGAAAAUGAGCAUUCAAUUCGAAUGGUUGCUUUAUUUGAUAAUGAGGAGGUUGGUUCAGAUUCAUACCAAGGGGCAGGUGCGCCAACUAUGUUUGAGGCCAUGAGACGGAUAAUUGCUUGUUUAGGUGAACCGCCUGUUGGGGAAUGUGGCUUUGCCCGUGCAAUUCGUCACUCUUUUCUUGUGUCUGCGGACAUGGCUCAUGGAGUCCACCCCAAUUUUAUAGAUAAGCAUGAAGAAAAUCAUCGACCACUGUUGCAAAAGGGGCUUGUCAUAAAGCACAAUGCAAACCAACGUUAUGCUACAAGUGGAAUUACAUCUUUCCUUUUCAAGGAAGUUGCUAAACUUCAUAAUCUUCCCAUUCAGGAAUUCGUUGUGAGAAACGAUAUGGGAUGUGGAUCCACUAUUGGUCCCAUACUGGCUGCAGGAGUUGGAAUUCGUACAGUGGAUUGUGGCAUACCUCAACUGUCCAUGCACAGUGUGAGGGAAAUCUGCGGAAAAGAGGAUAUUGACAUUGCUUACAAGCACUUCAUGGCAUUUUAUAGAACAUUCUCAAGUAUCGACAAAAAGCUGAGAGUGGAUUUCUAGCUUCUUGAUGAAGAAAGAUUUUAUCAAGUCAUUAGAUCCCCACUCCAUUCUUUGGUUUCUUUUCUCUCUUCCCGUGAUUAUUUUUGCUGCAGUAGAAGUGGGGCUAGAGGGAGGAGAAUAAUAAUAAAGACAUAUAUGUGUGCGUGUGUGUGCGCGCUCGCACGAUAAAAGAGUGCUUGGUUUCUGUUGGGCAUAAGUUUCUAAAUUCAACUUUAUUCUGUUUCUGUAAAACUGCAGAAACCGGAAUUACUGGAUGCAGAUGGAUACGAUGAAUAACAAGAUAGACUAGAACGAGAAAAAAAAACAUUGAUCA